GAAGUCGCAGGGCGGACGGAGCGGAGGCAGGCCGGCCGAGCGCCACGAUGGCUGAGCCCGAGGCCGAGGCCGAGCUGCAGCGCCUGAUGGCGGCCGAGCAGCAGAAGGCGAACUUCACUGCGCAGGUCCACCACUUCAUGGAGCUUUGCUGGGACAAGUGUGUGGAGAAGCCGGGGAGCCGGCUGGACUCCCGCGCGGAGGGCUGCCUCACCAGCUGCGUGGACCGCUUCGUCGACACCACCCUGGCCAUCACGGGCCGCUUCGCCCAGCUCGUGCAGAAGGGCACCCACUGAGCCCCCUCUCCCGGAGCCCGCCAACAGACCAGGCGCAUUCAAAAUAGAAACUUAUUUAUUCAGAA